CAUUACUUGUCGCUCUCUUAUUGGUUAAUACAAUAACAGUUGUAGAAACCUAUCUUACGCAAUCAACUCCUCGAACCCUAAUUCCUUGCAAUUGCAAACCAGACCCUGUACUGCAGGAGAACGAAAAACCCUAAUUUUCUUCGAAUCGAACCUUCAUUUCUUACAAGUUUGAGCCUAAUUUUCUCACAUGAUAUGAUAAAUAGUUCAUCGUCGAAAAAGCACGGUACGGAUCAGCAGGAGAUAAGCGGGCCCACGGCCAAAUCACAGCGAGCACAAAUGGGCAAACCGGAAGAGAGUGAAAAUAAGAAGAGGCUCAAAGAUGUUGAAAUAAGUGUUCCUAUUGUGUUUGGUAACGCUGCAUUUUGGCUUGGUAAAAAGGCAAGCGAUUAUCAAUCUCAUAAAUGGACUGUAUAUGUUCGCGGGGCAACAAAUGAGGAUCUCAGUGUGGUGGUAAAGCGGGCUGUUUUUCAGUUGCAUUCCAGUUUCAAUAACCCUACAAGAGUGGUGGAGUCUGCUCCAUUUGAGUUAUCAGAAUCUGGGUGGGGUGAAUUUGAGAUUGCAAUUACACUUUACUUCCAUAGCGAUGUUUGUGAGAAGCCCUUGAACCUAUUUCAUCAUUUGAAGUUAUACCCAGAAGAUGAAUCUGGCCCUAUGUCAACUAAGAAACCUGUUGUUGUGGAAUUCUACGAUGAGAUUGUGUUCACAGAACCGUCAGAGAGUUUUUUAGCUCGCGUGCAGAAUCAUCCGGCUGUUACCUUCCCCAGAUUACCAGCUGGUUUUACAUUACCUCCCCCUGUACCAAUUGAAGAUGAAAGCAAAAGGAAUAGAGGUGACACUAAGGACCAUCCACUAAGCCAGUGGUUCUUGAAUUUCUCAGAAGCAGAUGAGCUAUUACAACUUGCGGCUGCACGUCAGCAGGUACAAGCUCAUAUUGCUAAGCUCCGACGACAGAUUAGCAUGAUUGACGGGCAGAAUCAACAGUUGAAACCUCCCUCUGACCAGUGAAUUUAUACUAGUCCUGGAAAUUUUGAGACUUGCACUUCAGUUCAAAUCGGUUUUGCGGCAAAGGCACAUGAUAUCAUAGUAACUGUACUAUGUCUUUUCUAGACUUUGCAGAGUUUUGUCUAUUUCUUUUUUUUUUUUUCUUUUUCAUGGCUUUUGAGCUCUGGACUUAUAAAUGAAAGGCAAAAAGAAUAGUUGUACUAUUUCUUUCUUUAAUGGAAGGUAAUUUUGUUGACCUAAAAAUGCCAGUUUCUGCUGAGUUGAGUGCUCUCAGAAGCUCUUUAGAUGUACAAGUAUACGCUACCAGAAACCAAAAAUUAUGCAGGGGAAUCGGAACUUGUGUUGAAAUCAGGAGGAUGACUGUUCUUUCUCUUUUUAAUGGCUAAAAAGGUAAUAUAGUCAUCUUCCUUUUAUUAACUGCCUGGAUUUCUGCUUUUGUUUGGGCCAGAGUGUAUGGCUAAUGAGUCUCUAUGGUUCUACUACUAGUAUAUCAGUUUUUUGCUGGAUGGAUCAAACUUUUUGAUGAUAGUAUCAUUUUCAUCCUGUAUUUGAUAGGUUACAAUUUCGUUUGAAUGUUUUACUCUUAACAUGGCAUAUUUUGGCUUCCAAACUUGUAUCAUUAUUUUCCCAAAGUGCAUGACUUCUCGUAUUGGAGUGUCCCCUUCAGGUACUUCAAUCAGUCCUUUCGAUGUUCUUAAGUCAAGGUUGUAAAUGGAAAUGGGGUCAUCAACUCUAGCGUUUAGAUGGGUCGUGUCUUUGCUGUCAAUGUCAUUUCAAUAUGAUUCCAUUGUCAUUAUCCUCUUGGAUUUGCAAA